AUUAAUACAUGAAUAUUUUUUUCACUGUAUACCUUGUGGAUUCGAAUUGUCGGGGUGAACACACUCGACAAAAUCUUGAUUUUUCAAUACGGAUAGUUCAGCGAAGUUGACUUUUAAACUCUGUGGAGAGCAAAGCUUGAUCCCAUCAGAAACAACGGGCUUUUUUAUUCCUUUAUGCAUGCAGUAGUGCAGAAGUACGGUACCCAGUUUUUAUUGACGACCAUUCUUCAGUUCGCUUCAAGUGCUUCGCGAAUGUGACGUUCCGUUAUUGUGUGUACAAAAAUUAUAUCCCAGUGCCAAUCCAAUUAUACCCGAUCGGGUUUAUAUGAUAAAAUGAAAUCCAGGAUGGGACCAUUGCUAGUAUUUUUUGCCGGAUUUACAAUUUGCCAUGCACAACUCGUCUCAGAUUUUGGAGGACUGUUCCCAUCUUCCAAAAAGAGAGUUCAGGACACUGUGAAUGAUCCAUCCGGCACUUCUAUCAGUCAUCCCAGAAGAACCACAAUAAUCGAUGUUCUGAAGGAACUUCGGGCCACCACAUUUUUACAGCUCAUUCAGCAAACCCAACUGGGGGAGGCACUGCAAGGGUCGGGCCCUUACACCGUCUUUGCCCCAACGGACGAUGCCAUCGACAGGUUACCCAAGUGGGCACAGAGAAAACUCCUCCAGGACUCUGAAACUUUGGCUCAAAUGCUCGUGUACCAUAUUACCGUUGGAAAGAUUACAUCCAAGGAUAUGAAGAACGAACUGAGAAUCCCUACGCUCUAUCACGGCAGGCCUGUAGCCGUUCGAGUCUACGCCGACCGGAAACCAUCGAUAAAUCACGUGACAGUGACUGUUCCUGAUGCAAUUGCAUCCAACGGCGUGGUUCAUGUUAUUGGAGAUGUCUUAUUCCCUGUCCCAGUCGGCAACGUAUUCGACGUGUUGGAUAAUUGUACUUCUUUCUCCAAAUUCAAAAACUACAUUGUCAAAGCAGGUCUUCAGGAUGAGCUGAAAAAUGCUGCAAAUCCGAUCACACUCUUUGCACCGACCAAUGACGCUUUUGACUUUUUGCCAUCCAGGAUAAAGGAUAUUCUGGAAAGUGCUCGAAAUGACAGCAGCAGCCCAUCAUUGAAAAACUCGCAAGCCAUGAUUCUCCACCAUGUUUUGUUGGGAACGUUUUUCAGUCCAGCCUUCAAAGAUGGACAGGAGCUUUCCACAGCAGCAGAAAGGGAAAUCGUUGUCGAUGUCCGACAUGAUCGGCUUAAGGAAGUUGGAUUAGCUCGUGUUCUCCGAUCAGACAUUCCUGCCACCAAUGGAGUUGUGCAUGUCAUAGAUAAGUUUCUAGUUAAUGAAGACAUUUGUAUAUAGCUAUAACUCCACGUGUUGAUUUUUAUAAUGCCAUUGAAAUUAAUAAUUCAGCAAACAUUUACAUCACUUUCAUAUUGACUAUUCGACAGCGAAGAAAUUCGAUUUUUAUGGGUGAUUGGAUAAUUUAUUUUACUACCUGAUUGAAAACUGCGAAUAGAAACUUUAUUUAUUUUCGGUAAUAAAUUGAUGAAGUUAAAA